GCGCGGGUGGUGCGCGGCAGGGUCGCCGGUGUGUCGCUAGAUUGCUCAGAGAAUUCGGCUUAAAAAGAGCAACUAUGGGCAUUAAAGGUUUGCAGUGGUUUGUGGCAAACGCUUGCCCUGAUGCAUGUACAAUGGUAAAUCUGAAGGAAAUGGCAGAAAAACAUCACAUCAGUCAUCCUGACUCCCCUCCUGUAAUUGUGGUAGAUGCCAUGGGUUGUAUUCGACACUGGUACACACCAGAAUCCUGGGUCUGUGGUGGCCAGUGGCAAGAGUACCUUGCUAAUUUGCAGGAUUUUAUUAAAGCUUUUAUGGCAGUUGAUAUCAAGCUGGUGUUCUGCUUUGAUGGUGUUGUAGAGCAGAAAAAGAGAGAUGAAUGGGUCAAACGAAGAUUGAAGAACAACAAAGAAAUAGCCAGAAUCUUUCAGUUCCUCAAGUCCUAUAGACAACAACCAGGGAGAGGGAUGUUCUUUAUUCCUUCAGGGUUGGCAACUUUUACACGCUUUGCCUUAAAGUCUCUUGGUCAAGAAACAAUAUGUUCAUUGCAAGAGGCAGACUAUGAGGUGGCCUCUUAUGGGCUGCAAAAUAAUUGCAUGGGAAUUCUUGGACAAGAUACCGACUACCUCAUCUAUAACACCUCUCCCUAUUUUUCUAUUAAUAAACUCUGCUUGGACAGGAUGGUCACUGUUAUGUACUCUAGAGAGAACCUCUGUCAUGCACUGGGCCUCAACAUAACAGACCUCCCUCUUUUUGCUUGCCUGCUUGGGAAUGAUAUAGUUCCAGAAGACAUUUUGGAGGGUUUCUGGUGGAAAUGUCUAGCUUCAUGUCCUCCAAAGAGCCAGAGCUAUGACAAAAGGGCUAACAUAAUUCUAGCUGUAGCAAGCUACAUAUCAAGAGUUCCAUGCUCAUAUGGUAGCCUGAAAGACUUGGAAGAAAUGCUACCUUUGGCAUCAGACAAGAAAUUACUUUACAGGGGAGUGGAGUCCUAUCUCUUGCCUGGCCAACAGUCUCCAUGGCUUCCUCCCAGUGUAUCAAAUUCUCAAAUUCUCAAGCAAGAAACAGCCAUAUGUCCAGAUCAGGAGAUCUUUCAGCUAGCUAAAGAACAACACGUCAGAGCUGAAAAUUAUAUGGUGUACAAUGUCCUCAGUAAAGGAGAGGUUGAAUGCAGCAAUACAUUGGAAGAUGAACUUGAUACAGAACUUCCUGGACAGGCACUUAUCUACCGUCCAGUUCGACAACAUAUUUAUUCUGUUCUGCUGGAAUCCGGAAAAGACACCUGUGGAGCCUAUCCUAUAGUAAAGGAGUGGUUUGUGUACUUUGGGAAUCCAAUGGAGCAACCAGACCUUGUACAACCUAUACAGCUUGACAUCCCAGGUGGAACACCUAGUUUGAGAACAUUGUGGCUCACUAAAGGACCAGAGGUGCAAACACUACGGUAUAGCAUGUUUCUGGCAUGCUUUCACCUUCAGGACAUGGUGGAGGAAUUCCAGUUGCUGGACGCACCUGUUGCGGCUGUCUGCUGUCUGCUGAUUUACCUUACCCUGCAGGUGGACAGUUUCUCUCUGGAGGACUUGAAUGCAUUUGUGGCUCACACUCUGUGCCUUCAGGGGAAGUCAGCUGCUCAGCUAGCAGGUUUGCAGCUUGUCCAGGUUGAUUCCAGAGCUGUACAGCUUGGUUCUCUCUUCAUUCGUGGGCUUACAACUUUGAUUAUGGCCAAUAGUGCCUGUGGCUUUCCAAUGAAUAUGGAUGAUUUGAUGCCCUGGAAGGUGUUUGAUGGAAAACUUUUUCAAGAGAAAUAUCAGCAGUCACACAGAGGGUGUUCUUUGGAGGAGCUCUUGGAGGGCAAUGGAUCUUUGCACACGCAGUUCCAGAAUCUGAAGUCAUUCAUUUGCAAGGCUUGUGUGGUAAAGAAAAGAACAAUUCAGAGCAGACGGCGAGGGAAUGGAUUUAUCACAGAAAUGCAAGAAGGAGGAAGGGAAUGUAGCUUCCAGCAAGCACACACAACUUCUUUUGUUCCAACGUAUCAUAGUCAGAACAGAGGAUUCCAGUGGAGAGGCCCUCAACCUUACUUUUAUGGGUCUGAGGCCCAACCUUCAGGUAGAGGACAUCGAGGCCAGAGGAGACAUCGAGGCCAGAGGAGAAGGUUCCAGCUUGCUCCCCGGUAA